AGUUCUGGAAGUUGUAGUUUGUUUUUCCAUCCGCCAGUAACACCGCGGAGAGGAGUCCAGAUACUCCGGUCGCUUGCAUUGAUGUCUACUGCGGUAAUUCUGGCAGCUGUACUCGGCGGUGGAGUACUGAUCAUCGCUCGCCGUAUAUUUUCGAGAGGUUCCACCCUCAAGAUGUUGCACUAUCCGCCAGAAACGAUGCGUGGGAAAACUGUAAUAAUAACUGGGGCGAAUAGCGGCAUUGGGAAGGCCACAGCGCUGGAGCUGGUGAAACUGCAUGCCCGCGUUAUCAUGGCCUGUCGGGACCAACAGAGAGCCGAGGAGGCCGCUGAGGAGAUACAGCUGGAGGCUGGCCCGGAUAAGGGGGAAGUUGUAAUCAAAAACCUGGACCUCGCUUCUCUGAAGUCUGUGCAUAGCUUUUGUGACGAGAUCAUCAAGGAAGAGCCCAGGAUAGAUGUGUUAAUCAACAACGCGGGGAUCUACCAAUGCCCCUACAGCAAAACGGAGGAAGGUUUCGAGAUGCAGUUCGGGGUCAACCACCUAGGCCACUUUCUCUUGACUCAUCUCUUGCUGGACCUCCUGAAGAGGUCCGCCCCCAGCCGGGUCGUGGUGGUCUCGUCCAAGCUCUACAAGUACGGGGACAUCGACUUCGAGGACCUGAACAGCGAGCGGAGCUACAACAAGGCCUUCGCCUACAGCCGCAGCAAGCUGGCCAACCUGCUGUUCACCUCGGAGCUGGCCAAGCGCCUGGAGGAGAGCGGCGUGACCGUCAACGCCCUGACCCCCGGGAUCGUCCGCACCAACCUGGGCAGGCACGUGAACAUCUCCUUCCUGGCCAAGCCCUUCUUCAACCUGGCCUCCUGGGCCUUCUUCAAGAGCCCUCUCGAGGGAGCGCAGACCCCCGUCUACCUCGCCUGCUCGCCGGACGUGGAGGGCGUCCGGGGGAGGUGCUUCGCCAACUGUAAGGAGGAGGAGCUGCUCCCGAAGGCUACGGACGAGGAGGUGGCCAGGAAGCUCUGGGACAUUAGCGAGGUCAUGGUGGGGAUCACCAAGUGAGCAGAAGCCAGGAAGGAGAGCUGAUGAAGGCGGCGAUAACAUGGCGAAAUGAAGAUGUGUGCUGUGUGUGCAUUGCGCCCAUUUUGGAUUGGGCCUGUUUGUAUGUGGGGUAAGGGGUGUGUGUGUGGAUAUCCAUGAUUUUAUUAUAGUUAAAGGUAUAAAAGGUGGAUUUUUUGUGUUCAAACAUUGUUACGAGACCUUCCUAUCAUUGAAAAAGGCUCGCUGACAUGUUGACUCACGCUCUGCCUGUUUUUUUUUGCAGUCCUUAAAUUCGGGUUUCAAAAUAUACAGUUGAUGCACCGACACUGCGCCAAAACAUGUAUAGCUGUACAAAAAUUCAAGCUCAUUGGUUGAAAAUUGCCACGGCCAAUGGCGUGGGGGGGUUUCAAUGUCAGCGCGUUCACACAGAAGGGGGAGGGCUUGUGGGCGUUUGCUGCUGCAAUUUCUCUCUUGCCCGUUAGAAGUCUGAAAUUACCUAUUGUACCUUUAAGUCAUGUGCACUGAAGUUUACAAAAGUACAGCACCUUAUGCUUUUGCUGAUGUAAAAUGGCUGUGUUUGCUGGAGAUUCUGGAAUGGCAUCUGCAUAUUUGCAUUGUGUUACAUUCAUUCAGCAGAUGCUCUGAUCCAGCGAGGCUUACCACGUAGGAGAAGCUUAAUUGCUUUCGCCCGAUUUAUAUAAUCUACACUCACUUUAUUAGGAACAUUUCUUCUUUAUUAGACCUACUUAUUCAUGCGAUUAUCAACCAGCCAAUUGUGUGGCAGCAGUGCAAUGCAUACAGUCAUGUAGAUACGGGUCAGGAGCUUCAGUUAAUGUUCACGUCAACCAUUAGAAUGGGGGGGGAAAAAUGUGAUCUAAGUGACUUUGAUUGAUGUGGAAUGAUUGUUGUUGGCACACUAGUCUCUAGUUUGCAAAGAGUGGUACAAAAAAAAAGAAUGGUACAAAAAACAAAAAGAAAAUCCAGUGAGCUGCAGUUCUGCAGACAGAAACGCCUUGAAUGAGAGGAAUGAGAGGUGUCGGAGAAGAAUGGCCAGACUGGUCAAAGCUGACAGGAAGGUGACAGUAACGCAAAUAACCACACAUUACAAGAGUGGUAUGCUGAAGAGCAUCUCUGAACACACAACGCGGAUAGGCUACAGCAGCAGAAGUCUAAAUAAUAAGUCUAAUAAAUGCCUAAUAAAGUGCUCGGUGAGUGCAUAGUGCCAGCCCUGGGUAAUGACAGUCCCAGUCCAACACGUGCACAUGAAGCCUUAGUGUAAGCUCUGGUACAAGUUCAGUAUGCUGACCAUGGAAGUGCAGGUUCUGCGAGCAUUCAGGCCAUGUCCAUAUAAAGGAGCGUGAGACCAUUAGAGCCUUCCAUCAUCCUCCUUGGUAUGCCCUGCUCCUCAGUGAGGAAGUGGCCUCUAGCUGCUGAAAGGUUUAAAAAAAAGACUGACUUCUGAUUAAAAAAAAAAUAAUAAUAAAAGAAAAAAGGCUUUAUAUAUUUUUUGUAAUUGCCUGACUUUGGUGCUUGAUCAUUGAGUGUGUUAGAGGACUGGAUGUGUGUGUGUUACUACAAAUGAACAGGAGUUGAUUUGAUAUACUUUGAUUUAUUUGAGUUAUUUGCCGGUUCAUUUCAAUCAUUUAUUCGUUUUUUGAAUAUUUUGUGAUUUUGCUGCCUGCUCUUAAUAUUUCAUAUUUGAAAUGCUUAUGACUGGUCGCUUAAGAAAUGUUUUCUGUCAUUAUACUCCAGACUUGUUGAUUAACAAUUAAUUGAUUUCAUCCUCCAAAUCAAAUUUGAUAUUCAGGCCUGAAUUUUCUGCCUUUAGUAGAAAACUGUAUUAGCAGUGUCUUGGCCUCAAAUAAAAUUACCUGACUACUGAA